GAUUCAGUCUUGACCAGUGAGACGCACACAUAAGUUUUAGCUUUAUUACGGUGACCACACGCCUUACACCUUCCCUCCUGACGUCUUACACUACCCCUACACGCCCUGCAUGUCGCACGUCUAAUACACGCCACUCAUUACUUCCGUUUACUUUUCCCCUUCACCUAACGUCAUACACGCCUCUAUGCCACACCUUCGCCUCCUGCACUAUACAGUUACUGAACGCCGUGAACAACACGAAGGAAUAUUACUCCAGUGACACCAAGAGUCUUGCACCAAGCUACCUCGGCCAUAGAAAGAAAUAGGGUCUGUUUUCUGUUCAUGUUCAGCUUAAGGACGGAGGUAUACGGAGGCUCAGGUGUAUAGCUCAAGAGGGAAGGGAGAUAAAGAAAGAAUACGGCUAUGACAGAGACAGCGGGGAAGUAACUGAGAGAGAGAGAGCAGAAAUAACGAGAGACAACGGGAUAAUAACAGAGAUCGACAAUACAGAGACAACGGAGAGAGAGAGAGAGAGAGAGAGAGAGAGAGAGAGAGAGAGAGAUUAACAAAGAAAGACAUAAGAGAAGCAACAGAGAAGAAGAGAUAAAAAGAGACCUAAUAACAACAGAGAAAGAAAUACAGGAGAGACACAACAGAGCAAGAGAUAGAGUCAACGGAAACAAGAAAGAAAGAUACAACAGAGAAAGAGAUAACAGACACAACAGAGACAACAGGACAAAAGAUAACAGACAGAGAGACAACAGGAGGAGGAGGAGGAGGAGAAGAGAUGUCUGAGAACAAGAAGCUAAAAGGAAGAGGCAGGAAAGGUCUAGGAUAUGGCACCUUACCUGACCUGGCAACACGGAUCUGUGUGGAUGAGAAGCAGGGGCUGGUGGAGGCUGACAGAAGCCCUUCAGAGCUAGAGCAUAGUGGAGGGUAUCAGAGUAGCCAGAAGGGCAGCGGCGACUCCCAUGUCUCCCAAUACACCAGCCGCUCAGCCAGUAAGCGCAGCUCCCUAGCUAGCUUCAAUGGCGCCACCAAGCAGGGAACCUACGACCUGUGGAAACCUCGCAGUCGUUCAGAGAGCUUCAGCAGUUCAGGAAGUGGCAGUAGUGAGGAGGUGUUCAGUAGGGCGUCCAGCUCCUCCUCUACCCACUGCCACGACGUCAUCACUGAGCCCCCCGAGGACCAGAAGGCCACCCUCAAGCUGACCGUUGCCACUGUCCUCUCUCUUGUCUUCAUGGUACUGGAGUACGUCGGGGGUUACUAUUCCUCCAGUUUGGCGGUGUUAUCCGACGCUGGUCACCUCCUCAGCGACUUCUGCGGGUUCCUUGUGUCCCUCUUGGCCAUCUGCCUCAUGCGCCGCCCUCCCUCCAGAUCCAUGAGCUUUGGCUACUACCGCGCAGAGGUGCUGGGGUCAGUAGUGAGCGUGUUGAUCGUGUGGGUGGUGACGGGUCUCCUGGUGGCGGCUGCUGUCCAACGCCUCCUCCACCAGCCUUACGUCCUUGACCCUGACAUCAUGCUUAUUAUGGCCUCUAUCGGCAUCCUGAUAAAUAUUCUUAUCGCCGCCAUCCUACACGGUUGUGGGUGUCACGGUUACUUCCACGGGGUCCACAAGAGAGCCCGCAGCAACAUCACCGUCCGGGCAGCGCUCAUUCACGUGGUGGGCGACACACUGCAGACCUUCGCUGUCCUCAUCGCUGCCAUCGUUGUCAAGUUUUGGCCCCAGUACCAAAUAGCCGAUCCAAUCCUGACCUUUGUGUUCGGGUUCAUCGUGGUGGUGACGACUCUACCCAUCCUGCGGGACCUGGCACACGUCCUGAUGGAGGGCACCCCGAGGAACGUGGACUACCUGGCCCUCAUGAGUGACCUGGAGGGACUGCCCGGGGUGAGAACGAUCCACAAUCUCCACAUCUGGUCACUCACACUGGACAAGAACGCCCUUUCUGCCCAUCUCGGGAUUGAUCAGAGCUUCGAGGCCGAGACGGUACUGGAGCAGGCGCAGAAGCUAAUACGAAGUCACUACCACGUGUGCAAGUCGACCAUACAGGUGGAGCGUUAUGCCAAGGAGAUGGAUACCUGCAAGAAGUGCCAACCUCUGGAUGGAUAGGUAACAAAGUGAAGAGGUGACGAAGCAAUUACUUAAUAAACACUCAAGAGGUGAACAAGAACACACUCAAGAGGUGAACAAGAACACACUCAAGAGGUGAACAAGAACACUCUCAAGAGGUGAACAAGAACACUCAAGAGGUGAACAAGAACACACUCAAGAGGUGACCAACAUACACUUAAGACACACUCAAACAUAUAUAAAGGUUUUCAUAUGAUUUCAAGAACAAUAUUUGAAUACAGAUAAAUAAAUAUAUAUAUAUCAAUGCUGUGAUACGACUGCAAAUAAUCUUCAUUUAUCAAAACUAAGUUGAAUAUGUAAGAAUUAUUAGAUUCUAUGCAGUUAAAAGAGUUAUUAAAUAUGAGUCAGUGCAAAUAUUGUUAAAACUCGGAAGCGCCUUUUAAAUUUUACUUUAUAAUUGAUAAAUGUAUCUUUCUUAGUUUUUAAUAAAUUUUAUAUAGCCUAUAAAAUAAUCUGGUAUGUAAGUGGUUAAAGAUCUUAUUUGUUGAGUUUUAUUUUAAAUUAUAUUGUAGUGAUUUUUUAUUUUAGUUUAGAAUGUCUUUUGUUUACAUCUAACCAGCUGACGUAAUCAAAACUUUAUUAUUCUCAAUGUCUUUUUUUUCUCCACUCCAUGUCAUUGAAACA